AUGAAUAAUAAUUUCUAUACGUAUGGCAAAGAGAAUAUUUGCUCGGGGGAACUUCUUUUCCCGGCGAAGCGAAGUAGUAGCCAUGGCAGAAAGACCAAAGGACCUUCUACAUCAACCAAGAUUAAUGAAUGCCCACCAUUUAUUCCAUCCCUGGCCAUUAAUCGAGAUAUAGCUACUACAUUCUCCACGACGUCUUCGGUCUCUGAUGACGAAGUGGAGAAACGUCACCGAUCCAAGCGCGCAUGUCCCGGGAGAACGGUCUACAGUACAUCGGAUAUUACGUCUGACUCUUCCCAGUUUUCCCAUCACCAGUUCGAACGGAAUUUCAACUAUCCGUGUGAUUCCAGUGAUGAGUAUGAUGAUCGUCUAGAUGCUGUCUCUCCGGUUCAGUUGGACCUUCAACCUGAUGUGACGGAUGAGAGUGAUCUGCCCCCUCCAUUGGAACUGAUUCCUGGCCGUUAUUACGCCAGCGGCCCUUCUAGUCCUCAAAUGAUGCCGAAUAGGCCAGUCAGGGAACCUAAGAAACAGAAAUCGACGGAACCUGUAUCCAUUUUCGACAAUAAUUUUGAUCGAUUCAAUCGACCUGAGGAAUAUAAUUUACCUGGAGGGUUGGCAAAAAUGUUGGGAUGUCAUGGUAAUGUUUGCACGAAUUAUUGACGCUUUUGCAAUGACAAUUUAUAAUAUUGUAUAUUUUUUAGGUAUCCUUUUCCUCAAAUUUUACGUCGACGUCAUUCAAGGCACGAUUGAAGUCGUAGUUGAUAAAGGAGCGUUCUUUCUGAACCGUUACGAUGAGGUCUUCUCCAAAGUUAGAGUUGAAAUUCAUCAGAAUCCAAAUUUCAAUUCAAGUAAUCGGAAGAGAGGGAGGAAAGAUCGAAACUUCCCGUGUUACGAGAGUCAUGUAGUUGAAGGACACAACCCCAGAUACAAACUCAAGUUCCCCAUCGAAUUGACGGAAUCUAAUUUUGAAAACCAUGACAAGCUCGGGAUCAGUGUGUUCACCAGGGAUCGAGAAGAUGAAGAUGGUCGAUGGGUGGGCAGCAGACUCGGACAGAUGGCCUUCUCGAUCAGGAAGUUGUAUCUUAAAGGGAGAGAUGUAAGUUUAGAAUUUAUAUUCAUAGCUAUGGGUAGCACGUGCUCGGAAAUGUAGUCUGAGAACUUGCAGUAUCUCUUUAUUUUGUUAUGUUAUACUAUUACGUGAAUUCAGGCGGCCAGAGGUCAUCGGCAUCGAUCCUCCAAGAUGAAGCUACGCCCGGUGAGUUCCGAGUCUAUUUCUUGAAUACUUAAACGGCGGUGGAAUCUCUGCGGAGCCAUUAGAAGUACAAUUGGAUUCUAGAGGAACAUAAAUUUUGCAUUUAUGAAUUCCAGCGAAACUAAUGAAACACUCAGAUUCGUUUUAAAUAUCUAAUUUCAGGUUCUGAACGGCGGUUACUUUUUGUUGGGCCCGGAGAAAGGAGAGUCUACAACGAUGUCACAGGAUAAGGUAGGUCGAGUCUCUCCAACAACCGGCUUUACAUUAUGAUUAGAUGCCUUCCGGAGGGGAAAUGCACUCAUAACCGGGUUAUUUUGAUUGAAUACUAUCGAAGGGGGUUAAAAGACGUCCGUAGAACUAUGGUUAUACGAUAAGCUAGGUCCGUGUCCCACUGUCUGGGCAAGAAAUUACCGUUUUUUCAAAUACAUGUAUACCCUCCCAUUGCAGAUUUUGACCAACAAGUUUUACGACGUUGGCGGUGGAAAUUCAAUGUUUUCGACUUCAUCUUCGACUUACUCGGCGUCGCCAGUCAAGGUAGGCUACUCUCUGCCCUCAGGGGAACAUCUUAUCUUUAUCUGACCAAUCUCUGGCUUUCCUUUUUUGGCCACGGAUGUUUUAUUAGCGGCAUUCGAAGGGAUUUGAGGCCGUUGAAUGACCGGUUCAGCCUGUGCACGCAUCGACUUAAUGGCUGGAUGUACAUACAUCCAUCCGAGGGGAUUUACAUACCAAGGGGGUGAAUGCUGGGGCUAGGCGAAAGUCAAUGUCAGGCAGAGGCUCUGUUCUGUUUUGGCGUUGUAUUAAGGGGAUUUGGGUGAGAGGAUUUCAUCCUUCAAAUCCUUGUAACCGAGUGUAAAAACAAAUGCCGAGUGGGGCCGGAUUGGCAAUGGGGCAGCCGGUCCGGCUCAUUUUGCCUUAAUUUAGAUAUUACAGAAGUCCUUUAUCAAUUCCCUCCCUCGUAUCAGAACUCCGACUCUAUUUUUAGUAGGUCUCCAUCUUCCGCAACGCUGACGCAGAUUCUGGUUAUGUUUUUAGUCGGGAUUAGGGGGCUGGACGGGCUCCGAUACUACCUAAGAUAUGAUGCUAACAGGGAGAGGGUUUAGCCAUUCGCUUAGAGAAAUAGUAUUAUGGAUAUUUGGGGUUAACGGAUCUUUUAAUAACUUCUCUGUCGAGCCUUAUAAUUUUUGUUUUUUUUAUGUGGGGUUGUCGUUUCACCGGUUAUUCAAUUUCCAGAGUUGCAUGUAUGCUUUGCGAUCCUUUCUUUCCUCUGUUCAUGUUAUUUUGUUUGUUAUCAGCAUCACCUUUAUUCUUUGCACUCCCACCCUCCAACCGCCCCCUAAUCACUCUAUUUCUAUGAUGUAAGCAUCUCAAUUGCGUCUAAUUAUGGGCACAUUGAGAAUGAAUCGAUAGUGUUAAUCAGUAUUGUUUUUUGGCGGUGAUGUGUCAUUUCCCAAAAGGAAAAUGGGUCGAACAAGCCUAAGUAAGAAGGGCUGGACCCGCCCUUGCUUCCUCGAUGCAAGCUCGAUUCCUUAAAUUUCCAUAAAUGGCGUCUCAUUCGCUCAGAAGCCGGACACCUGGUUGCUUUUUUCGUUUGACGCACACCUGGACCCCGAUAGGACGGGCGAACGGCCGGCAACGGAACAUUGGGCCGCUGUCUUGCCCUGGAAAAGCAAAAGAGCUCUCUCAUUUAGUGACGCCUGGAAUCGAAUUAAACGCGGCCUGAAGGGCCAUAUGUAUAUCAUAUCAUGACUUCUACUAUUAUGAACUCGUCUUGGCCUGCGCCUACAUCCAGGCGCUGGGCCAAGCCCACACGUCCAACCCCGAUCACCUGUCCCACUGCCUAUAUGCUCCAUUCAUCGGCGGUGGCGCUGUUAUGCGAGGUAAUUGGUGCUGUCCAUCGGGAUGCUUCUGUAGUAUCUAAGCUAAUCACUGCAUGCAAAUUACUGCCAACGCGCUUGACGUCAAUCACCGUUAAUGUUCGCAUGCAAAGUUUCUUUAUCUGGGCUGUUAUCAGUCAUCGUCGUGGUCACCUGUUCUUCGUUUAUUCUUCCUUUUUGUCCUUAGUUUCUCGCGGUUUCCCAAAACUUUUUGGUCUUCUUGUUAUGAGAUUGGUGCUGAUGACAUUCGCUUCUCUUCCGUUUGGCCACUGCUGACAGCCGUGGCCAGGGGGAUGUAUCAAAAUUUCUUCAAGUUUGCCACCUUCAAUCAUCUGCUUGUUUCAGAUGAUGGGCGAGGAUAUUUGCCGCCGACCCUUGAUGAAAGAGGCACGGGGUUCGGCCUCGACUUCCACUUUGGCCGAUCCCCGCCGUCACUCCCUUCAAAUCAACACCAAGUCCCGAAACAAUAAUAUCCGAUCCUUGGCCGGUUCCUCCAGGGUUCCCCAAUAUGUGCCGGCUAUGAUGCAACAGUCGGCCGCCCUUCCCCUGGAAUGCAUUGGGAUGGCGCCGCGGAAGAAAGUCAGUCUCCCCGUGCGCGCCAUCUCCCAAGACCAGCAGUUCAAAAAGAAGAAGGAAAACCUUGACACGAUGAACCUCAGCUCCUCGUCCAACUCUUUCAGCUCUACUGGCGCCGAAUACAAAAGUCGACAUCGGCAUACAUUACCAUACCUGAUGACCACAAGUAAGCCCUUUCUUUUACUUAGUCCGUAUAAACGACGAAGGGAAAGUAAACCCCUAGGGCUUAAAAAAUCUCGGUUAAGACUUUUGACGGCGUCUGGUGGCACUUUAUCAAAGUGUCUAAUCCUUAUUCUAUAUUUCUCUAAAAUGAAUAAAAGGGAAAUGUGGGCCAAAAAAGGAGGCCGGUUAGGACUUCACCUCUCACCCCGAAUACCUUGAACUGGGACCCCGUGUUCGGAGUUUUUUGUUUUUUCCGCCGGAACCACGAAAUUCCGUCGACGGCCGAGGUGAAGUAAAGGGAGAUUAGAUUCGAAGUGCCCGUGGAUGAGUGAGUGAGGGGUGAGGAAGGACCUCAAGCACUGCCAAUGGAGAAGCGGCCCUUCGGACUGACCUCGCCCAGUUUGGACGCGCCGUUUAGGUGGGAGAAGACGAGUUUAUUGAACUCGACUUCUGUCGAGACUCCCAAGUCGACUGAGAUAUUCUCUGGCUUCUGUUGGGCCUGUCGUUAGCCAUUUGACCUGGACGGCACGAGGGAUUCAUCCUUUUUAAGGAUCUUCCUCCACACCUUCCAACCAACCUAUUUUCUAGACCCUAAUAAUUAUAAUAUUUUGCAACGGGUUCCUUGACCAUGCCUUUUCACGGUUGGCGGAUCCAACGCUCCACCCGUUCACAAGAAGAGCCUGGGGGUUCCAGAAUAUUGGCUCGUCUCAAGAAAUCAGUUAUCAAACCUUCUCUAAGUCAAGAUGAUUUAGCUGACACCUCCGAUUUCUCCCAAGCCCCCACCUUGCCGGUUCCCGGCUGUUCUGCCGAUCAGGAGAUCAACUACGGAAUGCUGUAUGCCGACACGGCACCCACCCAUCAUGUCCCACCUCAACGACCAGUCAAGGAGAGCAAGUCGGUCGAUCUUCCGAGGAAAACCCUCUCCACACAGCCAAGCGUUUCGGGUGAGAUUAACUCAAAAAAAUCAUCCGCAAAUCAUCCUUCAGUCAGACGGGUAGCCUCCUUCACUUAUUCCAAUGAUAGUGUCAGCGACAAGAACAAUAAAAGGAUUCAGCCUUCGGGGAAUAGCACCAAGUUCAAGUUGUAAGCUGUGAUUAAAAUUAGUUGAAAUUAUUUUCUCUUCUUUCAGACCAACUACGAUAAGCAAGAUCGGGAACUUCCUCAGGAACCGGGUCGAAAGAGUUGAUCUCACUUUAAGCACGAACAGCCUUUGCCCGACCAGCGAUGAGGUUAGGUCGUGGCAAGAUUCAUUCGAAAGCCUUCUCAACAACAAAGUUGGCUUGGAAAUGUUCAGACAAUUUGUGAUAGGAGAAGUCAGUUCCGAAAAUUUGGACUUUUAUUUGGACGUAGAGGAGUACAAAAAGUGCAAAAACAAGGCCAAAUUAAACCAGAAAAGCCAAGCUAUCUUCGACGCAUACUUCAGAAAAGAUGCACCUAGAGAGGUUUGUUUUCAAUGAGAUUAUUAAUAAAAAUAUAAAUGAAAUGGACACGCUUUUCACUGUCCGAACCAAGAAGAAACCCAAUUGGUGUUUAAAGUUACAAACAAUCUUCUAGUAAGAAAAACAUAUGUGUAAAAUAUGUAUAGUUUUUUGCUUUAAUAGUCACCGAUAUCAUGUAUAAUAUCGUCAGAUUUCACAUUGCAUGUUUAUCGUGUGAAUUACUCGGACGUAAGAGUAAAAUACGCUACUAGGCGGUUAAAAUAAUAUGCGAAACGUUCACAUCAAAAUAUGCUGCUAAAAAUUGAUUUAUGCACAAAAGGAUUCUGAUUUGCGGGACACUGAGAAGUUUUUUUGCGGACAGCGGAAAAGUUUUUCCCUGACGACAAAAAAUAGUGAAAUUAUUUGAUGAUUUUAUUCAUAUUCUUAUCCUUUCCAGAUUAACCUUGAUGCGGAAACCAAAGGACUAACUCUGAAUGCCAUCGAUCAAGGACUGAAUCCAGAAACUUACAACCUCGCCCAAAACAAGAUAUUACAAUUGAUGACAAAAGAUUCCUAUCGGCGAUUUCUCCAAUCAAAACUAUACUUAGAUCUCCUGAAUGCUACAACUCCGCCUCCCUCGGCUUCCCUUCCUGCUUCCUCGCCUUCUCCUCGUACUAGUCCCUCUCCUUUGGAAGAUCCGAGCUCAGGCAAGGCUAGUCCAGUCCCCUCCCUCCCUUCUCGACGUCAUACUGGUCUCCCUAAUGAUCCCUCAGUACCUACGAUUACUGAGUAA